CUCCCAGUCAUCAUCAUAACAAGUGACAUGCAGAUUACCUGAUAGGCCAGCCAGCAAACAGUAGCUGGAUGUGCCACAGGGUUGAUCAUACAGGCAUUGACAAAGGAUAGGUACAGCAAGUGUGUGGUGUUCAGAACAACCAUCAGAGGCAAAAGUGCAUCAUACUUUGUGAAUACAUAUCUGGAAUAUUGCCUGCAUAGGUUUUCAGAGCAUGUUUUGAGUCUUCAAUUUAGACUCAGACCAGCCAAUCAUGAGGCAGCACACAGUAUUUAUCACAGCCCUCCUUCUCACAGUGACCGCCCACCUGUCAAUCACAUGUCCCAGUCAGUGCCAAUCAUGUGCCAGUGGGCGGGUCAGGUGUCCAGGGGUGGGGCUCACAAAGGUUCCUUCAGCCUUUCCACAAGAUACAAUAUCCGUUGACCUCACCCAGAACAACAUACAAGAGUUGGAUGCCCUACCUUCCCUGGCUGACUUGCAGUCAUUUAGAAUAUCCAUGAACAAGCUUGAUGUCAUUAAAGGUGGUGUUUUUGAGAACACACCUAACCUAAUGAGUCUGGACCUCUCCAUGAAUACCAUCAAGAAGGUAUACAAGCAUGGUUUCAAAGAACUGUCCCAGCUAAUGACCAUUUCACUAAAUGGUAACCAGCUAAAAGAGGUUGCCCUGAUAUUCCAAAACACACCGAUGAUAACAUCUGUUCGUCUUGGAAACAACGAAAUCGCAGAAAUUGAUGAUGAGGCUUUCAAAAACAACACCAUGAUCAAAAUGAUUGACCUCAGCAACAACCAGAUUUCAAGAAUCCAUAGCAACUGCCUUCAAAAAUCUUGACAUGCUACGCAUUUUGCUCCUUAGCAACAAUCCCUUGACAACGCUCUCUGAUCUCACAUUUUCAACGCCUAUGUUAUCUUUGGCAGACUUUACAGACUGUCGUCUUACAUCUGUACCAAGAGUAAUGCCGCCAGAGGUGGGUGACUUUCGUCUUGGUCAAAACAACCUUACACGAAUAACUCUGGAGGAUUUCCAAAACAUAACCAGUCUUACACUUUUGACGAUGAACGACAACAAGAUUAACUUUGUUGAACACAGGUCUUUUGAAGGUCUUGAAGACUUGAAAGAGCUCUGGAUGAGCAGAAAUGAGCUGGUGUAUAUUCCUAGAGGACUGCCGAAGACUCUACAGAAGCUCUACAUGGACAGUAACCAAGUCGUUGAGUUGGAACAAAUGCUUUUCAAGCCUGAUUCAGCUCUCAAUGUCUUGAAUCUUGAAGGAAACAAGGUGUUUAAAAUUCACUCAGAGGCACUGAAGGAUGCUCCACAGCUUACCACUCUCAACUUGCAGGGGAAUGCAAUAACCAGGAUUGAAUCUGGAACUUUUACACAUUCACCGAAUCUGGAAAGCCUGACAUUUACAAACAAUCCAAUUGAUGUUUUCAAAAGUGGUGCUUUCAAAAACUUGGGAAUGCUUACCGAGAUAUCACUGUCCUACAUUGACUCAAAGACAACAGAUGUGGAGAACCUACUGCCAGAUUUUUUUUUUCAAGAAAUGCCGAAUGUCACAGAGAUUGAUCUUAUGAGCAGCGUGAAGCUAACAAGAGCCUUUCUUGAUAAAAUCAAGGAUGGAACAGCUCAACCCUUUACGGAAGUGAAACUGUUGAACCUUCAGUACAAUGAACUGAAGACCUUGCCACAAAACAUCAGGAGCGUUUUCCCAAAUAUCAAACAGCUGCUUCUGGAUGGAAACAUGCUUGUUUGUGACAAAAACCUGCUGUGGCUGUAUGACUGGAUGAAAACCACUGAGGUGUCCUUCCACCAGUAUGACCUUCCAACAUGUGACUUGCCAAAAUCUCUCUAUGGCCAAGUAAUUGCUACACUCUCCAGGGGGGACUUCGUAGACACAGUGGACAAUAUUCAAGAGACGAGAAACGAACAAAAACCGCAAAACCCACCACAACAGGAAACGGCACCAGUAGACCCAAUUCAGCAAGCAUCAAAUCAAGGAAAUGACAUCACUCCUCCCUCAACUGCAAACAAUUCUCCUCAGCCAACCAAUAGAAAUCCUGAGCCUGCUGUAACAAGGUCCACUGGUAUGGCCGGAACCCGGGUCAUAAUAAGACCACCAAAAAGCCAGCCUCAAGUUCCGACAGACAAAUCAUCAGCUAAAGCUUCCUACUCAGAACUUGCCAGAAAGGCAGCAAGAAAAGCUGAAAAGGAACGCAAGAAGGGAGAGCAGUUUGAGAGGAGGCGAAGCCGAAGGGAAAGGAAUGAGAGAAAUAAGAACGAGAACGACAAGAGGAGUGAGAAGAGAAAGAUCAGGAACAAGAAAGAGAAGCAAGGCAGGAAAUGCGAAAAGGAUGAGAAUGGGAACAUCAUCAAAUGCGCAAGGAAACAAAGGGACAAAAAGAAGUGUGAGGUUCUGGCUGAUGGUACUGUCAGGUGUAAAAAGUCCAGAGGCAAUAAGGACAAAACCAUAGCCACACCAGAGGCACAACGAGCCUAACUCUUAAUAAGAAAUUAAGUAUCAAGGAGGACAAUGUUUCAAGUUAAACAUUUACAGAACUGUUUGAAAAUUGUUAUGUAAUGUACAUUUUUAAACAAUAGGCCAAAAUGUACAAUGUAUAUGAGUUGUUAUGUUCUGCAUCAAUUAGUAUAAUAUAGCUUACAUUACUAUUAAAAUCAUAACAUUUUAUGACAGCCAUGUUUGAUUUACAUGUACAAUGCAAUUUUGUUUAAUACACACCUUAUCAUUCUAACAGUAAUCUUUUGCAAUUUUAAAUGCAACAGUUAUUAUGCUCUUGUUUUUCAUAAUACACAGCACACAAGGCUGCUUAACAAAACAAGUUCCAUUGAAACCUAAGAGAGAACGGGGCAUUUGCCAUUUAUCCUAUCCAUCUCAAUGCACAUUAAAUGCAUUUUUCAAGAAGGGUACUCACACUAAAGCACUAAAUUACUUUGCUGCUCUAAUCAAUAAUUCAGAUCCCCAUAUUACGGAUGCAUAAUUCCCAAUGAUGUUUAACCAAAUUACUCUGUAAUAGUCCAUAAAAGUUGAUAAGCCAUGAAGACAACACGUAUUUCAGGAGCAGGCUUAUCAAACAAUUGUGCAUUCAAUGAUGCAUCUGCUGGAAAAACUCAAGAAAGUGCAAGUUAAGUGCAACUUAAAAUCAUGCACAUCCCAGUUUAUGAUGGUAACAGGUGCAAAAUGUACAGUAACAAAGCUAAAAUACUGUUUGUGUUAAUAAAAUAUUCUAAGAAAAAUUAAGCAAUAACAUUUUGAGAUAUGCUUUUUUCGGUCAAAAACAGUUUUGCUCUAUGAAAGAAAUUGUAUCAUUUGGAUAAAUGGUUGUAUUUUAGCAUACAUUUGAGAGCUGCAACAAUUCAUUUAUGUCUGGAUUCAAUUUUACUUUUUUCGGUCAAAAACAGUUUUGCUCUAUGAAAGAAAUGUAUCAUUUGGAUAAAUGGUUGUAUUUUAGCAUACAUUUGAGAGCUGCAACAUGUACAGUAACAAAGCUAAAAUACUGUUUGUGUUAAUAAAAUAUUCUAAGAAAAAUUAAGCAAUAACAUUUUGAGAUAUGCUUUUUUCGGUCAAAAACAGUUUUGCUCUAUGAAAGAAAUUGUAUCAUUUGGAUAAAUGGUUGUAUUUUAGCAUACAUUUGAGAGCUGCAACAAUUCAUUUAUGUCUGGAUUCAAUUUUACUUUUUAUAAGUAAUUUCAUUUGAUUGAUAAGUUUACAUAUAUCAAUUUUCCUUUAUUGGUAUAUGUACUUGAUUUUGCAUAUUUAUCAGUUCUUGCAGUGUAGUAAGAUUAAUAUGCAAUACAAAAAAUCUUUGUGUUUUUGUUUUGUCAAUAUGGACAUGUCUAUUUUAUAUAAUCCAAGUUCAUGCAAACUGUGAAUGACAAUAGCAACUAAGUAUAACAGCAACGAAAAUGGCAUGAUCAAUAUAUGUGACUUCUCUACAAUAAAAACUUAUAUGGAAAUUAUCAGUCUUCUGACAAAUCUCAUAGAAAUACAUAAGUUAGUAAUGUUGAUAAUCAUUGUUCAGGUCAGUUCACAAUAAAUCAUGCAAUCAAUGCAUUGAAGAAUCUUUAAAGCUGUAACACUGUUGUCAAUUUUUGAAAGAACUGUUCAACUCAUAAUUGGUUCCUAAUUGUGUUUCUGUAGCUUACUGCUAACAGCUUACUUUAUAGACUAUAUUUAUGUGCAAUGUCAAUAUGAUUGAAAAUGUACUAAACUUUAAACAUAUAUAAAUGAUUAUUGUGAGACACAGAACGAAAUCAACAAAAGAUUUUUAUUUUAAGUGAAUUACAAAAGUCUUUGAUUUUUGCAAAGGAAAUUAACUGGUCUUUUUCAAACUUGAUGGAGGUAUAAAGUACAGCCCUAAUUUAGGUUCAGUAUGUAAAGAAUGUAAAUGGUUUAGAAAACCAAAAAAAUCAUUUAUUUUUGUUCACAUAAAAUGUCAUGGUUUUUAAAAAUGACUACCGUAGGUUUCCACGUAUAGCGCGCAGUGUUUUACCUCCAAAAUUCAAAUUAAAAAGCUGGUGCGCUCUAUACAUUGAUACAACGCUAUCCUGGCUGCUAAAUUAGUAAAAAAUGUGUUGUGUAAUCGUAAAUAAUAAAAAUGACCGCCAUGUUUUUUUCCAGAAAACUACCACCCUUUAAUCAGGGCUCGCGCUGUCAUUCGCCACUUGAGCCAUUUGUGAAAAUAUUGAGAAUUUGGCUCAAGAAAAAUCCGAUUUGCGAAAAUGCUAAAAUCUCGCAAAAUUUCAUUGAAAACAGCCGCCAUUUUAAACUGAAACUGGUUUUCUACAUUUUCUCUUUGUUUCAAUGAAAGUAUUCGCAAUUUGAACACUGAACGAAAACCGGUCUGCACCUGUAUCGAGACAUCGCUUGACCUUAUUGUUAUUGAAGUGCACAUGGUAGGUGGCCAAUCAAAACUGAGCUCGCUUACACAUGAAAUGACGUUGUUGAAUGAAACGUAAAAAUGGGUCUAGCUAUGAAUACACAGUUAAUAUUGUCGACUGCCAACAAAAUAGCGGCCGGUCGCAAAUGUCGUAUUUUAAGAUUAAAAAUGAAAAUAAGCGUGGCAAUAAAUUAAUUAUGUCCAAGCUGACUAUCGAUCUAAAUUAAAGAGUGAUAAUUAAAUAAUUAAUUCUAUGUCGUCGAUGUUACAACUUUCUGUCGAUUUUCGAUUGAAAUGAAAAGGUGAUAAUAAAUUAAUUUGAUCGUUUUACUCACACACUAUGCUAACUAACAGCAGCGUAUUUUAAUCAAAGGAAAACGUGACAAACAUGCGCGGUUUAAUUUAAGUAUAGUAUAAUCGUACAGACUGAGGGGCCAUUGUCGAAACAACAAGAAGUCGCUACUGGUAGAUAUGAAUGCGGUAGAAGUUUUGGUCGAAAAUAAAUUUGUUUGAAUAAACUUGCGGACAUUUCUUUGUUUGUGUUUUUACACUUCUUUAUUGAUGAAUUCCGAUGGGGAUUGUUGUCGACAGUCCGGAGAGGAAUUCCGAUGGGGAUUGUUGUCGACAGUCCGGAGAGCAGGCAAGGGUAGGUGCGAACGAGGUCUUUUUUGCGGGUAACGGUAGGUGUGAAAGGGGGUCAUUUUGCACUUCGUAAUUGGCAGAUGUUAUUGAGUAAUAUGUGCCAUGACUUGUUAAGACGCUUAUUGACAUUUGAGACACUAAUUGACACUUGAGAACGUGAAGAUAUGCAAUUGCAUUUUGUGUGUAUAAAUAUUGAACAUCAACAGUGGUGUACCUCAACAAUUGUAUCCCUGUCUCCCAUGCGACAUUCAAAUUUACCGGUAAUGCCCAUGCUUUCCCCGAGGAAAAUCACACCAUGUACACUAAUUCUAAUUUUCUCACGUUUUUACGAAAUGCACGUGGACUGUUAAUCUUUUGCUAGAAAAUUACAAAAUUGUCAGAAAAGUAUAGUGCUAUGCAACCCAUGCUCCUAAUCAUAAUGACGCUACCCUAGAAUUUUGAAUGCUUAAUUAAGCUUUCCAAUGCCCCGAAUUAUUGGAUUGUGCAAUAGUAAAAUGGCGGCCAUUUUCGGUCCGAUUUGGUGGUUUUAUUGUCUUUAAAUAUUUUUUUCUCCAUUUUUGCAUUUAAAUAAACAGCCUGCGCGCUUUACAUGGGAGCGCGCUAUAUGUGGAAACCUACGGUAUUUUUGUAGACAAAUAGAUUUAGGGAUUCCUGAUUUUGGAAAAAAAAACACAGGAAUUUUCCUCCAUUUUCUUGAGUUAAUGCCAUGACUGGUCAAAUAAAAAAUCCACAAAAUUAAUGUUGAUGCAAAAUAAUUAUUUUACAGUACCUCUUAUUUUAUUGUAUUUUAUUUUGUUAUUUUUGUACGUAAAUAGUUGAUGUUGUUAAUUGUUUGAAAAAUAAAAAAAAUGUAUACAGUUCAAUAAUUGAUUUUUUUAGUUACAUAAUGAAAAUGAUAUUCAACAGAUACGAUUUUUGUAGCAUACGUAUGUAAACAUGAUAUAAUAAAGCCUUAGUUAAAAUCA